UUCACGGGGUAGAAGUUCCAGGUUGACCUGUGAUGAACUUGUCUGUGGGAGUGUGUAGGACCCAGCGGAAAAGCCCUCCAGCCGGAGGGAGCCGGGGCUGAGAGAGAGAGCUGAGUGGAGAGAAGCUCUCAGACCAGUCGGUGGCUUCAUGGAGUUAUGCACCUCUGAUCCGCCGCCAUGGAUUGCAAUCCGCGAUCUCUCCUAUUCAUUUUCCACCUUUUAAUGUCCUGCGUUACCCCUGCAUUCCCCGUCGUCUACCCCCCCAACGAAGUUAACCUGUUAGACUCUAAAGCCAGCCAAGGGGAGUUAGGAUGGAUUUCCUACCCAUUGCAUGGGUGGGAGGAGAUCAGUGGGGUUGAUGAGCACUACACUCCCAUCCGGACCUUCCAGGUCUGCAAUGUGAUGGAGUACAGCCAGAACAACUGGCUUCGCACCAACUGGAUUUCUCGCCGGUCAGCGCAGAAAAUCUACGUGGAGCUGAAGUUCACCUUGAGAGACUGCAACUCCAUCCCGCUGGUCCUCGGCACAUGCAAGGAGACCUUCAACCUCCUUUACAUGGAGACAGAUGACGACCAGGGAAGCCAUUUCAGAGAACACCAGUUCCUCAAGAUCGACACCAUUGCAGCAGAUGAAAGUUUUACCCAAACAGACCUUGGUGAUCGCAUCCUCAAGCUGAAUACUGAGGUGCGCGAGGUGGGACCCCUGACCAAGAAUGGUUUCUACCUCGCUUUCCAGGAUGUGGGCGCCUGCGUAGCUUUAGUUUCAGUGAGGGUUUACUUUAAAAAGUGCCCAUACACUGUGCGGAACCUGGCCUCCUUCCCUGAUACGGUGCCCAUGGACUCCCAGUCGCUGGUGGAGGUCAAAGGUUCAUGUGUCAAUCACUCCAAAGAAGAGGAACCUCCGCGAAUGUACUGUAGCACAGAGGGAGAGUGGCUUGUGCCUAUUGGGAAGUGUCUAUGUGACCCAGGAUACGAGGAGAGAAGCAGCACCUGCCAAACGUGCAGGGCAGGAUUCUACAAAUCUACCCUCGGCAACAUGGAGUGUUCAAAGUGUCCGCCUCAUAGCUUCUCCCACCAUGAGGGGUCCCUGCACUGUGGCUGUGAGAAAAACUACUUUCGCGCUGAUGGAGACCCCGCCUCUAUGGCCUGCACCAAACCUCCAUCAGCUCCCCGGAACGUGAUCUCCUCCAUCAACGAGACCUCAGUUAUCCUGGACUGGAGCUGGCCGGAAGACACUGGAGGACGCAAGGACCUCGCCUUCACUGUCCUCUGCAAGCGCUGUCGUGGCAACCCUGCUAAUGGCAGCAAUAGCGGGAGCCAGCGUUGUGAGCCAUGUCGGAGCAACGUUCGCUUUCUGCCGAGAGCCACGGGCCUCCAGAACACCACGGUGACGGUGACUGACCUGCUGGCCCACACCAACUACACCUUUGAGAUCGAAGCCCAGAACGGGGUGUCAUCGCUGGCACCCAAGAUGAGACAAUAUGCCGCUGUCACCAUCACCACCAACCAAGCAGCGCCCUCCCCAGUGACAAAUAUCCGGAAGGAGAAGACAUCUCGAAACAGUGUCUUCCUGUCCUGGCACAAGCCAGAGAGACCCAACGGCAUCAUCCUGGACUAUGAGAUCAAGUACUAUGAAAAGGAGGAGCAGGAGACCAGCUACACCAUCCUCCGCGCUCGGGGUUGUAAUGUGACCCUGAGUGGUCUGAAGCCGAACACGGCCUACCUGCUUCAGAUCAGAGCUCGCACCGCCGCAGGAUACGGAGCCAGCAGCCCCAGCUUCCAGUUCGAAACCAGCCCCGACUCAGCCUUCUCCAUCUCCAGCGAGAACAGCCAGGUCGUUCUGAUUGCCAUUUCCUGUGCCGUGGCCAUAAUCCUGCUCACUGUGCUGCUCUACGUACUGAUUGGCAGGUUUUGUUGCCGCAGCAAAUCCAAGCAUCCCAGUGAGAAAAGACUUCACUUUGGCAACGGUCACUUGCGUCUGCCUGGUAUUCGAACGUACGUGGACCCCCAUACGUAUGAGGACCCGAGCCAGGCUGUCCACGAGUUUGCCAAGGAACUGGAUGCCUCCUGCAUCGCCAUCGAUAAAGUCGUGGGAGCAGGUGAAUUUGGAGAGGUGUGCAGCGGCCGCCUGAAGCUGCCCAGCAAGAAGGAGAUCUGUGUGGCCAUCAAGACUCUAAAAGGAGGCUAUACGGACAAGCAGAGGCGGGACUUCCUCGCUGAAGCGUCAAUCAUGGGACAGUUUGAUCAUCCCAACAUCAUCAGGCUGGAGGGAGUGGUGACACGCAGUAAGCCCGUCAUGAUUGUCACAGAAUACAUGGAGAACGGAUCCCUUGACAGCUUCUUAAGAAAACACGACGCCCAGUUUACAGGAAUCCAGCUGGUUGGGAUGCUGCGCGGCAUCGCUUCAGGCAUGAAGUAUCUGUCAGACAUGGGUUACGUUCACCGAGACCUGGCGGCUCGAAACAUUCUGGUCAACAGCAAUCUGGUGUGUAAAGUGUCCGACUUCGGCCUGUCCCGCGUGCUGGAGGACGACCCGGAGGCUGCGUACACCACCAGGGGCGGAAAGAUCCCCAUCCGGUGGACAGCUCCAGAAGCAAUCGCCUAUAGGAAGUUUACAUCGGCCAGCGAUGCUUGGAGCUAUGGCAUCGUGCUGUGGGAGGUGAUGUCAUAUGGAGAACGACCUUACUGGGAGAUGUCCAAUCAAGAUGUAAUAAAAGCUGUAGAUGAGGGCUAUCGCCUGCCUCCGCCCAUGGACUGCCCUGCUACGCUCUACCAGCUGAUGCUGGACUGCUGGCAGAAAGAGAGGAACAAUCGUCCCAAGUUUGAACAGAUUGUCAGCAUCCUGGAUAAACUCAUCCGCAACCCCGGCAGCCUCAAAAUCACAGCCAACACCACAUCCAGGCCGGCCAACCUGUUGCUGAACAGGAGCAGUGUGGAGGUUCCCCCGAUGGGGUCGACAGGUGACUGGAUGGAUGCAAUGAGGACCUUGCCCUGCAAGGAGGCCUUCUCCGGGGUCAGCUACAGCUCCUGUGACACCCUGGCCAAAUCCUCCACAGAUAGAGUGGUUCUGACCGAGGUCCACGUCACACCGGCCACAUGCCCAGAGUGGGAGCCGUCCAUGGGGAUCACCACCCUCUAACGAGCAGCUCCUCUCCAUCCUCCUCAGGUUCUGGAUGGGAUCUGAAAAAGGUUGGAGUGACUAUUGUCGGACCGCAGAAGAAGAUAGUGAGCAGCCUGAAAGCCCUCGAUUCCCACACCAAGAAUGGCCCGGUACCUGUUUAAAAAGAAAAUCGAUGAUAAUAACAACGUAAACCCAACAAAUAAAAACCACCAGAGACCUUUCUGUUGGCCUGUGUUGAUUUACUCUAACACAGAGGAUGAAUAAACUGAAAAUGAAGGACAAAUACAGUAUUAAUUACAUGAUGUCUUUCAUCGUUUUGUUGAAAGACAGAAUUCUGACAGAGAGUUCAGCGCAGACCUGCCAGUUUCUUAACUGGCUGACUCAACCCUCUCCCUCCCUGCCCAAGUUGAGAUGCCUUACAGACUAGUAGGGAGGGAAAGAGAGUGGAGGAAAGAUAAGGAGGUCAAAAAGAUGUGAUCAGGAAUACAAACGUGGACUGCACUGGGAUACAGGGAGCGGGGACGACCGUAAAGCUGGAGCUCUCCAAUGAUUGCGCUUUAGCCACAGGACGCCACACCGGCACCCGGUCGAAAUGGUGAAGAGCCUCGUGUGGACGAGCAUGGCGUACAGCAGCAACUCACCCAGAUGUUGACCCCUCCUGGAGCGAUGCAGUCUGAGGCUGGAAACAAUGUUGUAGCUACCUACAUUUAGUGUCUCUGUCCAUGAGAGAGCUGAAAUGGCAUGGACACACUUAGACGCUAACCGAGCCAUUUUACUCUGUAGCUCUAACAUAUAGCAUUUGCAUUCAAUAGACAUGUCAUAUGAAAGCAAUAAUGAUAUAACCCGUCAAAUAUUUUCAUUGUAUGGAAGCCAUGGGUCUGGCAGAUGUGUAAUGUACUGAAUGCUGUGUUUUGAAGAUAUGGGGGCCAUAACACACUUCACACACAGAAUCACCCGGUGACUUUAGUGCGAAAAUCUCAGGAUGUGCAUGCUCUGUUUUCUCCGACAAAAGCAAACCAACAGAGAAGAGAGAGCAGAAUCUGGAACUGAGAAAAGGAUGGUUAGGAAAGACUUGAAGGAAAAGAGGGGAGGAAGUAUAAACAAGAUGAUGGCGGAGAAAACUUGAAGAUUAAGCAUUGUCACUUCUCAAUGUGGCCGUGUUGCAAAAGUGUUUCAAAAAAUGAGUUUCUUUUCCUUGAGUUUCUUCUUUAAGAAAAACAUGUUUGCACCUUUGACCCCUCACAGCAACAGGUAUUAUUUCAUUGUCUGUGUUAAGAUCAGUUCAGUAGGUAGUUGUACACCAUUUGCUUAGGUUUGAAUCAAUAAUUUAUUAACAAAAGCCAUGUGAGAUAAUUCUGUUUUUUUUUCUUUGAUUGGACAUUGAAGGAAAAAAAAGUUUGUUUUAGUGUUUGAAUAGCUUUUAACCCUUAAUUGUUGGUGUACUCAAUGCAAAAAGCAGAGUGCCUCUUGUAGUUGGGCUGUAUCGUGGUGGGAUCACCAAGCAAAAAGCUUUCCUUUCAUGUCAUUUGGUCUUUUUUCUGUAUUCUCAUAAAAAUACAGGGUUAAUUAACAAUCUCCCUUAAACUAGCUCUGUUACAAAAUGCCCUGAAAUACAGUAGAUGCCACAGUUCUAACAAAACAGUUAAGCCUGGCCAGCCAUCCUAAUUCUUUUCUUCUGUGAUACAAAGAAUACAUGUGAUUCCUCUGGUUUGACUUACAUUAGAUUUUCAGGAGGUAUUACCAAUGAAGACGUCUCCUCCGGAUGCCAUUGGACAGGCAUAUACAACCAAUCAUAGAGACAAACCAUGUGACGCAGGCAGAGCAACAACCACACAAUUAUCACCAAAAGAAAUCCAAAAUAGCGUGCAGCGGAGUUGGAACACUAGUGAAUGACUGCCAUCCGUUUUGCAGUUAAACCUUGAAGUCCAAGGUUUUAUUAGCCAUUCUGCAGCCACCAUUGUUUUGAAUUAUGGCACUUUGAAGCUUUUGUGUAAGUCAUAUAGCCCGAUCGAACCCUGUCGUGAUUGGUUUGGUAUGUCCUAUACCGGUGAAAAUUACUGUGAAAGGGAGGACUAACAGACCCAUUUCCUGAGAGAAUAUUCACCUCAUUAGUUGGUCUGGCUGGCCAGGUGAUUCCCAGAUAGUAUCAUAGUUAUAUCAGUACAGGAUUGGAUUUCCUAAAAGCACCUUUAAAGACCUUUAUUCAAAAGAGGUACCUAUAUAAAGAUGCUAAUAUCCUGAUUUGAUGUCACCCAACUGAUCCCUAAGUGCAACACUUACCCAGUAUUUUUUGAACUGGCACUUUUGGUACUUUGUGCUAUUGGGUUGGGUAAUAUUUAACCGCUGUGGUGUUAUCUUUAUGCCUCUUACAGCACUCAGUACACGUCAUUGUAGCACUUUGAAUGGAAAUAUUAUUGCCUUGGUUUUGGACUAAGCUCGAUUAACCAACAAAGUUGAUGCUGGUGCUUUUGGGAAACCCAGCUCUGCUCAGUCUGUCGGUUUUGUUUUCUGUUUCUUGGUCUACCUGUGGAUGCUGCUGUUGCUGCUAUGUGUUCUAAUUAGCAUGUACAUAAUGUAAACCAUCAUACUGAAAGCAACUAGCACUAGAGAUCCCACUAUAUGUACAUGGCCAUCCCUUUUUGUACAAAUGUUUGUAUGUAUAAAUGACCGAAUAAAAAAUGUGCAACAUUUUUAAUUAAAAAAAGAGACAAAAAUCAUCUGUAUUAUAUUUUAUCUUAUUUUGAAUUAUACUUGUCAGCUUUUUUCUACAAUAAGAAGGCGAUUAUGAUUACAUUAUUUAUUUCUUAACAUUUUACAUUGCAUUGUUGAUUUUUUUUUCUUUUUAUAAACAUAAGGUAAAUUAUGUGUCAGUGCUGUCUAUGUUCUGCUUAACAUACUUUAUGAACCCGCAACAUCUGAGCGAGCAAUACUGUUAAGAACCUUAUCCAGAUCCCUAAUUUUAUGUCUCAAGACUGAUCUGUGUGUCUGUUUGAAAGUUUAUGUGUGUAAAUGUAGAUGGCCUUGUCUACUAAUGUAAAAUGGUUUGUAGUGGAAACAUUUAUAUUUUUAUAAUAAAUAUUGGCAAAAUAUUUUCCAAAAAAUGAAUAAUGAUAAAACUGCUCCCGUGUUUUGUUUUUAUAACAUGUGAUGCUGUUACAGUUCAGCAAAAACAUUUUGGCCACACAUCUAAUAAUAAAAAAAAAGGAAAAACAAUAUCACAAAUUCUAUUUUGAUUUUGCUUUUUUUUAUCAGUCUUGUUCACAUUUAUAAAAAUCUGUCUUCCUUGUGUUGUAAGUGAGAUCACAAGGGAAACCAUAAACAGCUAUGACCUACUGACCCACAGGAUUUCUGAAAGCAGCACAAAGGAACGUUUGCAACUUUUAGCUCAACAGGUUCCUCUGUAGAUGUGGUGGUUGAGCUUGUUUCUUUGUUGUGUUUUUUUUCCUCAGUCUUUUUCAAUACAAGUUACUUUUUGCCAGCCCGGCCC